AUGAAAAAGAAAUCUGUAUCUACAAGUGCGUCGCUUCCAAUGCCUUACUUUAAUGUGUACUUCAAAAUUCACUAUCAUACUCAACCAGGAAAGGCAAUUUAUAUAGUAGGCGAUUGUAACAUACUUGGUAAUUGGGUCUCUACCAAAGGAGUGCGUCUACAAUGGAAUGAGAAUGAUGAAUGGACAGUUUGUGUUAAAAUAGAUCGAUCUCAAUAUGUGAAGAUCGAGUACAAAUUCAUUGUUAAUAAUUAUGAUUAUCCCACUUUGAAUGAUACUUUAUGGGAACCUGGAGAAAAUAGAGUCAUCACCAAUCAUAUGAUUGAGAAUGAAACUAAAUCUGAAUAUUUUAAUUGUGAAUACUGGGGAUACAGAACAAUUAAAUUGAAAUUAAAUUACAAUUUACCUGAUAAGUAGAGAAUGAUGAUAGUGGGCAGUAUUGAAUAAUUAGGUUCAUGGAUUCACCCAGUACUCAUGAAAUAAUAGUCUAAAAUUGACAUAAUAAGUAGAGAGAUAGUGUAAUAAUGGUCGAUCUCCUUUAUUGUUGAUUCUAUGCACUUUUCAUUCAGAUAUUUUUAUGUUAUUAGAAACGAUGGUUCUAUGAUAUGGGAGAGAGGUAACGGAAGAUAUUUGAAAUCUAGUGAUCUCAAAUCCUUCAGAUUAGUUCAAGAUCAAUAUUCGACAUCCCCCAUUAAAAUCAAAACUUAAAUGUUAACUGCCUGUCAACAUCAGCGACUCCAUAAUAAGAAAAAUGGGUCAUUUUGCUCAGAAAAACAAUAAAAGUUACAGAAAUAAAUCAGCAUGGGAUAUUCAUUUUCGGAUAAAGAACCAUCCUUUUUUUAUUAUGAGUCCUUUGGGAGACUCAAUAAAUUGGACUGGAAUUUUGUUGUAUAAUUCUCCAUCACUCAAAUAAAUGAAAACAUCAUCAUCGGUCCUUAUCCACAGAAUGAAUAAGACAUAGUGGUAUUAAAGGAUUUUGGUGUUAAAGCUGUUCUGAAUUUAUAAACAAGAUUGGAUGUAUAUCAUAGAGGAGUUGAUUGGGAUGAAAUUUUAUCGAGCUAUAAGAAACAUAAUAUUUAGAUGAAGAACUUUGAAAUCUUUGAUAUGGAUCCAUAAGAUUUCGAAAAGAAAAUACUUAAAGCUGUGUAAAUACUCAAGAAAUUAAUCAAUCAACAUGAAUCUGUAUAUAUCCAUUGCACAUCUGGCAUUGGAAGAGCACCCUCUCUUGCAGUAAUUUAUUUGUCCUCUGUCUUGCAAAUUCCAUUAAAUGAGUCAAUAGCCUUAGUGAAAAAUAAGAGAGAACAUUUUUAUAUUAACUUUAACAUGUUGAAAAGGGCCCUCUAGAAAACUAUGAUUUAUAAUAGUGGGUUAGAUUAUGAAGACAACUUAGAAGUUAUCGACUUUUAGAUACAAAGCUCUGGCAAAAUUAAAAAAUAAUAAUUUGAUUAUAACCCACUUUAUUGA